GAGGUUGAGACUGAGGGCUGAGGCAACGAGUGGAACUGAAGAUGAAAAUGAAUAAAAUUCGAAAGAGGAACAAGCUUCCGCAGACGAAAUUAAAGAGUGUUUAUGGCUACCACUGCUUUUCUUGCUCCAAGUGGCUUCUCCAUCCAGAGAUUGUCAGCAUAUGGCGAAGCACGGGGGAGGAAGAAAGCAUGCUCUAUAAGAGCCCAGCAGCAACAGCAGCUGAAACAGGAACGAGAACAGCAAAGUCAAACACUAAGCGAAGGAAAGUUGCCGGGGAAGCAGCAGCAGCAGCAAGGGGGAGGAGCAAGGGUGCAGCAGCAGCAGCCAUCGCCGCCACAGUCAAUGGCGAAGAGCAAGAACAUGAGCAGAGAGUACGGAGGGCAGUGGCUGAGCUGCUGUACCCGCCAUGUGAGGAUAUACGCUGCCUACAUUGAUCCCGUUACUCAUGCCUUCGACCAGACGCAGAUGGACAAGCUCACCCUCCUUCUCGAUCCCACCGACGAGUUCGUGUGGACGCCCGAUACCUGUCAAAAGGUCUACGCCUACUUCCAAGAACUCGUCGAUCAUUAUGAGGGUGCACCACUCUCUGAGUACACACUUCGCCUGGUGGGUUCAGACAUCGAGCACUUCAUUCGCAAGUUACUUUAUGACGGUGAGAUCAAGUAUAAUAUGAAUUGUAAGGUCCUUAAUUUUAGUAUGGGUAAGCCCCGUGUCAAGUUCAACAACAAAAUGUAGAGAAAGAAAAAUUAACAGUAUUGUGGUAUUGAAAAUUCCAUAUAAACCAUUUACCAAUAUAAUUGACCAAGAAUCUAAGAGGGGAAAUCACCACAUUUCUUGCUCAUUUACAUUUGGAGGGGAACUUUCUUUAUAUGUUGCACUUGUAUGCCAAGAAUGAUAUAUUUUUAUUACCAAUUUGUACAAAACUCAAGUGUGAGAUUUAUUUGCUAUUA